CUCUGGGUGAGCGCUUACACGCGCUCUUCGUCGCGCGCGGUGGACAUGGUGUUGAGCAUCAUGGGCCUCUUUGGUGUGAGCCUGGACGCAGGACGGUUUGGGCAAGACGACCGGAUCAAAGCGACGAUCGCGAUGCUCCGGGCACUAAUGGCAAAUCCCCGCGCGACGGCAACCUGGCUCUACAUCGCACCCGGCAUGUCACCGUCCAGGGAGCUCUCUACGUUGCCGCAGAUGCCAGAAACAAGCGAAAGCGGGCGCGCGUACAUUCAUACGACAAAGGGCCGGGUGCUCGCAUUUGAGGCUAUCGGGGCGCGAGAUAACAACAUCUGGCGUACCGACGGCGCCCCAAGAGGGGAGAUGACAGACUCUGGCUAUUUCAUUUUCCGGAGCAAGGCCGCUCUGCUGGUCUACGAGGACGAGCAGAGAUCUCCUCUUGGGUGGAAGGCGUACGAUGAUCGCGAAACGUGGGCGGUCGUCGUCGGCCGAUUCAAGAACUUCUAUCGUAAUCCGGUUACGUGGAAGCUACAAGCGUGGGAUCCUGCUACGUCUGCUAAACCAGAGGGAUUGUACGAGCUGACCCUCAUGCUCAUAGAGAAGCAUGGACAUGAGUUAUACCACCGCGUGGGGAUGGAGAGGGAGAUCGACGAGAGGAAAGCUGCGGGGUGGGAUUGGAAGUACCGGCGUUUCCAAGUCGGAGGGCCGGGUAGGGGAGAGAGAAAGAGAUUCGGGGUAUCGCCUUCUAGCCCCGUUUAUUUGACUUGUGCAGAGGAAGAAGAAGAUAUCAAGGCCAUAUGCGUAGACUAG